ACCUGGUUUUCUUCAUCUUCUUCUCCUUCUUCUUUCCUUCUAAAAUGGGGUGCACAGCGUCCAAACUCGAUAACGAGGAUACAGUCCGGCGAUGCAAGGACCGCCGCCGUCUCAUGAAGGAUGCAGUCUACGCUCGUAACCACCUCGCCGCUGCUCAUUCCGAUUACUGCCGUUCACUUCGCAUCACCGGUUCUGCUCUAACAGCUUUUGCAACCGGUGAACCUCUCUCCAUUUCCGAUCAAACGCCGGCUGUCCUCCUACGCACACCUUCUUCUCUAUCUCCUCCUCCUCCUCCGCCGCCGCCAUCUCAACCUCGCACUUUUCCUUCUCCCUCCCUCCAUCAAUCUCCGCCUCCUCCUCCGCCGCCGCCUCAUAUCAUAUCAUCUCGCCGCUAUCAUCGGAAACCGCCGAUGAAGUUGCCACACAUCCUCUCUGAUUCGAGUCCUUCCUCCUCUCCGCGGAGUGAAAUUGCAAAUAGAUCAACCAGAAAUUACGCUCCGAACUAUACAUGGAAGACGAAUUCAAACUAUUGUAGCUCUCCUUCUCAUUCUCAAGCAUCUUCUGUCUGGAACUGGGACAAUUUCUAUCCUCCAUCUCCUCCCGAUUCCGAAUACUUUAACCGUCGAAACAACAAUAAAGAUGAAGAUAAGGCGUCUUCAACUUACUCCAAAUACAACUACAACCGUGAAAAGAAGCAUCCUAACCAUGGAGAAGAACAACAAGAAGAAGAAGAAAUCGAAAGAGAAGAAGUACAGUGCAGUGAAUGGGGUGACCAUGAACAUGACCAAUACAGCACAACGAGCUCUUCCGAGGUAGAUGACGACAAAGAUUCCAGAUCCGAGGUGAGAACUCAAUCCAAUUUCGCCCCCUCGGCGAAGAACAACCCCCCGCCGGCUAUGAACAAAUCAGAGAAGUCUGAUGAUACUAGACAACAAGACGACAUGAGUAUCGUCGUUCGCCACAGGGAUCUGGCGGAAAUUGUUGCGGCAUUGAAUGAGUAUUUUGAAAAAGCAGCUGCUGCUGGUGAUCAGGUAUCUGAAAUGCUAGAAACCAGCAGAGCUCAGAUGGAUAUGAAUUUUAGACAGAUGAAGAAGACUGUUUAUCAUUCAAGUGGGAUGUUCAGUAACUUGAGCUCUCGUUGGACAUCUAAGCCACCAUUGGGAAUCAAAUACAAGUUCGAGCCAGGUUCAAUUCAUGAAUCUGUAGGUAACAAGAGUCUCUGUUCAACUUUGGAACGUCUCUUGGCGUGGGAGAAGAAACUCUAUCAAGAAAUCAAGGCUAGGGAGAGUGUGAAAAUUGAACAUGAAAAGAAGCUUUCGACUUUACAAAAUCAGGAGUACAGAGGGGAAGAAGAAGCAAAGUUGGAUAAGACAAAGGUUUCAAUAAAGAGAUUACAGUCACUAAUUGUUGUUACUUCUCAGGCAGUCUCCACUACCUCUACUGCGAUCAUUGGUCUAAGAGACUGUGAACUUGUACCACAACUAGUUGAACUCUGUCAUGGGUUUAUGUACAUGUGGAAAUCAAUGAAUCAAUUCCAUGAAAUCCAAAACCAGAUAGUACAGCAAGUCAAAGGCCUAAUAAAUAAAACAACAAAAGGCGAAUCAACAACCGAUCUCCACCGUCAAUCAACUCGCGAUCUGGAGUCAUCAAUCUCCUCUUGGCAUUCGAGUUUCUUCAACCUUAUAAAAUUCCAACGUGAUUUCAUCCAUUCCCUCCACUCUUGGUUCAAACUAACCCUCCUUCCCAUCAAAACCGAACCAACAACAACAACAAAAGAAAAAUCAAAUGCAUUCGAAUUCAUCGACGAAUGGAAACUCGCCCUCGAAUUCGUCCCCGACACUGUCGCUUCUGAAGCCAUUAAAAGCUUCGUAAACGUAAUUCACUCGAUUUCGCUAAAGCAAACUGAAGAAAUCAAGACAAAGAGACGAAUGGAAACUACUUCGAAAGAGUUGGAGAGAAAAUCGUCGGGUGUUCGAAAUUUAGAGAGGAAAUUUUAUCGUUCUUACUCGACAGUUGGCAUUGGGGUUGGAUUGGAUGCGCAUGAUCCGCUUUCAGAUAAGAAAGAGGAACUUGCGGUUUGUCAAAGGAGGGUGGAAGAUGAGAUGGUGAGGUAUUCGAAGGCGGUUGAGGUUACUAGAGCAAUGACGCUUAAUAAUCUUCAGACUGGCUUGCCGGGUGUGUUUCAGGCGAUGACUAGUUUCACGGGGUUGACGAAGGAGGCACUCGAGAUUGCUUGUGGUCGAUCUUACACCAUUAAGUAAAUGAAUGGGAGGUAAUGAUUAAUACUUUUUGAUACUUUGAAAAUAUGAUUAUUUGCAUUGUGAUUUGAGAUAUUAUUUAUAGAAGCCUCUUUUAGCUAAUGGAAGAGCACAAGAACUCAUUUUCAUAAGAUUAUAGAUUCGAGUCUUUAUACUCGGAACACUUAAAAAGGAUCUUAGGUGCAAGCUUACACUCCUUUUUUUAUUUUGGAAAUAAGUUGUAUUAUAUAUGGUGAUGUAUAAGAAAGAAGGAUAUUAGGAAACAACAUUUGUCCUUUGAAAUUAGGUUAGUCUUUUAUUGCUUGAGA